CCAAAGGGUGAUCCAGCCUCUUGUCUCCAAUGGGAAAUGCAGCAAAGCCAGCUUUUCAACCAUCUCCUCCCCUUCCUUCUCUUCUCUUGUCACAGUUGCUGUUGCCCUGGAUGAUGCCCUCCCAUAUUUAAGGAACUGCUGACAGACCAGUGAAAGUGAGUGUGCUAAGACGUCUUCACAGUGGAAACCAAGUGAUGGUUGGAAGUUCCUUCAACUCUCUAAACAACCGUCUUCAACAGCAAUCAGAUCACUAGGCCAAAGCAUUCAGAUGGAGACAAAUUCUGAAAAUAUUGGCUAUUUUGCACUCAGUUGUUAUCAAGAUCUAAAAACCUGACACCUCUGAGCCACUAUCCUGCUGAUUUUGGUUAGGCUUCUUCUGUACUAGAGCCUUCAUGGAAAAUCAUGAACUCAGAUCUGUGGGUUUUACAUAGACCACUGAAGAAUCCCAGAAGCAAUGGCAUCUCAAAUGUAAGAGGGCAGGAUCCAGGAAUAUGUCCUAACAACAUUGGAGGACUAUUCAUUUUGCUGUACAUGUCCAAACACUUCUCAGUAAUUUGUGUCAAACUUCAUGAGCACUAAGAAAAUGGAACAUUUGCCUUUUGGAAACAUGCAAAGUGAACAUACAGGUUUGCUAAUAAGUUACAACAAUAUUUCCAAAGAAUCGUUUUGCAAACCCAAAUGGUCUUGAAAUUCCCACGCAAAACAUUCAGUGGUGACUACUGAUAAAUCCGAUUUCUUCUUCUUGUUGAGUCUUUCAAGCAAGCAGUUACACCAUGGAGGUUGCAAUGGUAAGUGCAGAAAGCUCUGGGUGCAACAGCCACAUGCCAUAUGGGUAUGCUGCCCAAGCAAGAGCCAGAGAAAGGGAACGACUGGCACAGUCCAGGGCAGCCGCCGCUGCUGCUGUAGCAGCUGCAACAGCAGCUGUAGAAACGGGGGCUUCUGGAGGAGGAGGACCUUAUCAUCACUAUCACCAAGAACAGAGUCGUGGGGCUUCUUCCUCUUCCUGUGGCAGCAAUGCAGCACACAGUGGACAUCACCAGAGCAGCAGCAGCAGAAGAAAGCAAAGGCGGAAAAAGAGUCGUUUUCUUGGCAGCAGGGAGUUUGGUGCCUCCUUCCCUUGCUCUGAGUUGCUGCCCCUCAGUGGUUCUGAGGAGAAGAUCCUGAAGGACUUGAGUGAGGAAGAUGAGGAAGAAGAAGAUGAAGAUGGAGAGGAUGAAGAAGACGAGGAAGAAGGAAAGGCCUGCUACAGCGAUGAAGGUGGUGAAGAUGAAUAUUCCUAUUCAGACCAACCUCCUGAUGAUGGGGCGGGACCUGGCGGCUACACUUCAGUUCGCUACAGUGAGUAUGAGUGCUGUGAAAGGGUUGUAAUCAAUGUCUCAGGCCUACGAUUUGAAACCCAGCUGAAGACCUUGGCUCAGUUCCCUGAGACAUUGCUAGGUGAUCCAGCAAAGCGGGGCAGGUUCUUUGACCCACUCCGGAAUGAGUAUUUCUUUGAUAGGAACCGGCCUAGCUUUGAUGCAAUUCUUUACUAUUACCAGUCUGGUGGGAGGCUGAAAAGGCCUGUUAAUGUGCCGUUUGACAUCUUCAGUGAGGAAGUAAAAUUCUAUGAACUUGGAGAGGAGGCCAUGCUCAAGUUCAGGGAAGAUGAAGGUUUUGUAAAAGAAGAAGAUGACAAAACGCUGCCUGAAAAUGAAUUUAAGAAGCAGGUAUGGCUGCUUUUUGAGUACCCUGAGAGCUCCAGCCCAGCCCGAGUCAUUGCCAUUGUCUCAGUAUUGGUCAUUUUAAUCUCCAUUGUAAUUUUCUGUCUGGAGACCCUGCCAGAAUUCAGAGAUGAAAAAGAGCUCAUUUUGAACUUAAACCUGGAGAAUGUAAAUGAGACCCUACAACUGCAAGGUGGGGGGCACACUAUAUUUAAUGAUCCCUUUUUCAUCGUGGAAACUGUUUGCAUCAUUUGGUUCUCUUUUGAGUUUACAGUGCGCUGUUUUGCUUGUCCCAGCAAAACAGCCUUCUUCAAGAAUAUAAUGAACAUCAUAGACAUCGUCUCCAUUUUGCCUUACUUCAUCACUCUGGGCACAGACUUGGCUCAGCAACAGGGCAGUAAUGGUCAACAGGCCAUGUCUUUUGCUAUCCUGAGGAUCAUUCGUCUUGUCAGGGUGUUUCGCAUCUUCAAGCUCUCCAGACACUCGAAGGGUUUGCAGAUCCUGGGCCACACGCUCAGGGCCAGCAUGAGGGAACUCGGGCUCCUGAUCUUCUUUCUUUUUAUUGGAGUCAUUUUAUUUUCCAGUGCUGUUUAUUUUGCAGAAGCUGAUGAUUCUACCACCCAUUUUCAAAGCAUCCCAGAUGCCUUUUGGUGGGCUGUGGUGACCAUGACUACUGUUGGUUAUGGGGACAUGAAACCUGUAACAGUAGGUGGGAAAAUAGUUGGGUCCUUGUGUGCCAUUGCAGGUGUGUUGACCAUUGCUUUACCAGUGCCAGUGAUUGUCUCCAACUUUAACUAUUUUUAUCACAGAGAGACUGAAAAUGAUGAACAGACUCAGCUGACACAAAAUACUGUCAGUUGUCCAUACCUUCCAACAAUACUCAAGAAAUUCCGAAGUUCAUCAUCUUCUUCCACAGAGGACAAAUCGGAGUAUUUGGAGAUGGAAGAAGGGGUUAAAGAGUCUCUUUGUGUAAAGGAGAAAAAAUGUCAGGUCACAGGAAAUAGCAAUGAGACAGCAAAACAGAACUGUAUAAAUGCAAAAUCUGUGGAAACGGAUGUUUAACUUUGACUGUUUCCAAACCUAUUUAUGCAUUAAGGAAUGCAUUGGUUUUUUUAAAAAAAUGAAAUAUGCAAACAGGAGUCUAACAAGCAUAUAGAAAUAUGCCAUUUACUGGUUAAGUAUGAAUAAAAAAGCAUUAGUAAACUUGUAUUACAUAUCAAGUAAAUCAUAUACCUUGUAGAGGGGGCUUUACCUGAAGUCAAAGUUUAUAUUUUUACUAGAAUGCAGGUGUUUUGCACAUGAAGGAGAUAAUUUUACUUUUAAAAAGGGUAUCUUUAACUGCCCAUGCCCCUCAUUACCCAGUGGUAAAAGUUGGCAUUUAAGGUAUUUACUAUGUAAGAAACAAUGACGUUCAGUAGCCAUGUUUUCAUUUAUUAAUGCUUUAAGAACAGCUACCAUAAAUCAGUGGAUUUCAUAGUCAUUUAUUUCAAAAUGCUAAAGAUUGUGGUUGAGGGGGGAGGGGAAGUUGCUCUAUAGGAAGUCCAAAUUUAAUCUUACUAUAUUUACAAGGGUUUUUUUUAAAAAAAAAAAUACUGGAAAUCCAGUUCUUGAAGAGGCUGCCGAACCUGCAGAAAUGGUUUAUUUUUAUAACACUCUUUUGGAGACAUUGCAGCAUUUGUUGAGUAAUAUAUAGAAGAACUAGAAGAAGAAAAUCAUUCAACAUGGUCUGGCUAUGGAGGCAAACUGACUGGAUUGCUUUUUUUGCACUACUUUAUAUGCUGGAUAUUCUGACAGAGACUUCAUACUGUGAAUGUUUACUAAUGUUCAAUGACAAUCAUUGGAAGAAUGAAUCCUGCUCUUUAUUUUCUUGUAUUUUUCUUUGCGUGAUGCUGAUUGGCUACAUGGCUAACAUUACAUGAAUUCCAUAGUCUUUAAUUAUGAUUACCUGUUAUAUGGGAAAAAAAGGAUUGUGAAGUAAAAUUUUAUAAUCAUUU